AGCCUCGAUGGCGGCCGGACUCCCGCCCAGCACACGCGGAGUCCUGAUGCUCUCCCCGCAGUCUUUUGCCAAGCGGCGACGGCAGAGCAGCGACAAAGCAACGCGUGUGGGAGAGAAAGAGCACCUGCUCUGCCCUCCUCUAUCCUCGGGGGUGAGCGGGGACGGAGGCUCCCGCGCCUCCCAGGGAAGGGAGUGUGGCCCAGGUGCCUCCCCCUCACCCCGUGACACUGCCUGGGUCACCCCUUUGUGGGACACUUGGCACACCCCCCCUUUUGUUCUCUGUUCGCACAUCAUCCCCAGGCUUGCUGAAAUUGGUUCAUCCAUUCCUUGCCUUCUCCAGCCCACCAAGCAGAUUAGUUUAAUCAGGGUAAUUCAUCAGUAAAAGUAAACCCAUCCAGGCAGCUGCUUAAGCCUCUUGUAGGUGUUUCGUUUCUGGGAGGAUUAUACUGGCUUAGGAAUAAGGCUAGUACUAAUUAAGUCCAACUUUUCUCAUGCAAAGAGUGCGGGAACCAGGGAGGGCCAGGGCUUUGGCCAGAGCUGAGCUCUUGCAGCUGCAGCGCAGCAGCACAUGGGGCCGUGCCAGGAACGAGGACCUGGAGCGGCAUGAGGCCUGCAAGGUGCAAACAGCAUCUCGAUACUUACUGGAACAAAAGAGCGAAACAACCGAUCCAGAGAAGCAUUUCCUGGAAGAGGGAGGAAAAGGGCUGGAUUUGGCAGAGGAGAGGCUCUGGCUCUGGAGCCAGGCACGGCAGGCGCCCACGCAGGGUGAGGGGCACGGCAGCCGCCUCUGCACAGCCCCCACUGCUCACCUGCCCGGCUCGGGCAUCUGGAGGCUGCCGUUGCUCAGCACAAGUUCACGGGGAGGCAGGGGCUGCCCUGCGUCCGCCUCCACUGGCCAGAAAGUGGGGGUGCUGAAAGACAUGGGGGGACACAGGUCAGCAAGUCCCAGGCUUGCCACCAGUGGGGCACGGAUGCUGGGAGAGGACAGGAAUGGGUGCCCAAGGAUCUCCAGAAGCCAGGAAACUCGGCGGUUCUGGCUCAGACUGAGCCAAGGAUGGUAUAAGCCAGUUCCAAAACUUGAGGGACUGAAGCUUUACGAGUAGGUCUUAAAUGUUUGCCUGCAGCCCUGACAAAGAGCUGCUGAGAUAGGGAGGAAGCAGGAGUUUAGGAAGGGAACGUCAACCCUGCGCCAGUGAGCAAGAGAAAGACCCCAUAGGAAAAAGGGGGUUCCCUGGGACAGGGACACAGGGAUGCCAGAAGUGCCAGAGCCCUGAGGGUUGGGUGCAGGAAGGGGGGACUGGCCGCUGAGCCCAGGGCCAGGGACAGGAGCGUAUUGAAGGAAGGGAGGCUACUCCCUGCUGUUUGGGGAGGCAUGGGGCAGGUAGCUCCCGGGGGACCUCAGGGGUGUCCCUGCGGUUACCUCUUGUGAUAUUUGUGGCCUGGGACUCAAAGCAUCUGUCCCUGAUUUUUUGGAACUGGAAAUACCAUCUUGGGCUCACUCUAGGCUCCUAGAGGGGCUUAAACACCAGAACCCAUCUUCUCCCUAGUAUACCCCUAACUUAACUCAAACUCUCCCUUAAUCCAGGGCUGACACCAAACACACAGGGCUAGCACGCUAUUUCCCCAAAUCUCGGCUUUAACCAGCUGUAGCUGAAUGCAGCACUACAAACUUGCUGCUAGCUCAGGGCAGUGCACGAGGUGGACACAGUGCAUGCUGUUGCGAGCUGCAGGGCAGCCCUGCUGCAUGGGUGCCUGUGAGUAGGUGGGGGUGAGGUGAAGGGUAGGAGCCAGGCAGGGUGCCCGUGGGCUGGGGAUGGAGCAGAGGACGCUGGGCACAGUACUGUGCUUAUGUGAGAAGCUGCCAGGGCUUCUAGCACAGGGACUAGCUGGCUCCUAGGGACGCACAGACGGCUCUGCGUGGUGGGGAUGGACCAAAACCAUUAGUGGAGAGCUUUGAGUGCUUUGUAAGUAAAGAGCCCCACUCAAAAAGAGGUUUUGUGGGAGAGGGAUAGAUAAAAUGGGCAAGAGAGGUGUGGAGAAAAGCAGCCUUGUACCUCCUAUAGCCCAUUUGCUCACAGGCUGCUUUUGCCAGCACCAGGUUGAAGUGGUCGUGGCAGAUGCAGGACCAGGCUCCAGUGUUUCUGUUAAGCACCUGCAGGAUGGAUCUGUCUUUGGAAACACGGGCUGGAGACAGACACAGAGUCAGCUUUGUCGCAGGUGACUUCAGCAGGCGGAGGCUUGCUGCAGCAGCCCAGCCCCUCCAGAGCGCUGGCAGGGUGUCCUGGACUCACCCCCAGCUGGUGGCCCCUCAGGGACCCACUGGGGACAGCUGGCCUCGUCCUCGCCCUGCAGACAGUCCAUGUGCCCGUCACACACCUGCCGCAGCAGCACCAGCUUCAGGGGCUGUUUGCAGAAGAAGUAGUGGUAGUCCAGGUAAACCUUGACUAGAGGGAAAGGGGGAGCUUAGUGCUGAGUCGUGCUGCUGGGCAGGCUCAGGGCUUGCCUUUGGGGGCUCAGCAAGAAGGUGGCAGAGCCAGUCCUGGCUGAGCCCUGCGUCCAGAGCUGCGUUUGCCAAGCCGCGGCCGUGCCCAGCAGUGGCAGGAGGAAGGGGGAGUGGAGGGCGGGAGCCAUACUCAAGAACCCGACCAUAACCAGGCAGGCGAGGCUGAACACUGCUGCCAGGAUGGGGAUGCCAAUCCGCUUGAAGGACUCCAGUGCCGUGGAGGCUUUGUGUCUUGUGCUGGGACCUGUGACACAGAGGAGCGUGGCCCCGCAUCGCCAGGCCCAGCCUGGCAGCACCCACACCCCCAGCUCCUGUGGGCAUUACCUCUGCCAUUCAGUCGCUCGGAGGCUAAAUCCUGCAAACCAGAGGGGAAAACCAGUUACCGAGCCGAACCUUUGGCCAAAAAGCAAGUCAGCAGGCGGAAAGGGUCCACAGCAGCUUGGCUAGCUGGCGAUCCCCACGCCUAACGUGGGAUCCCUAAUGUGAUCAGCCGCCCUGGGGAGGGCAGCCCAGAGAAAGCAGAGGAUCAGCUAAGCCUGGGCAGGCACAGAGGCUGCUGUCUCUUGGGCUUGCUCGAGGCCCACCAGGACGAUGGGCAGGGAAACUGCCCCAACCCACAGCUGAGGUUGCUUUAGAGCUGCUGGGGACAGGGGCAGCACGUCCCGGUGCAACAGCGCUUGGCUCUGCUGUCACCGGGAAUCUCUGGCUGUGGUGUUCCCAUGGAUGCCACUUGUGCAAUUCCAGUAACUGGCUAUUAAUGUUACAGAGAUACUGCCUUUAAUGCACCAGAGGGUUAAGAAGUCAUAGGUGUUACGAAAGAGGCACUUUCUGAUGUGCCACGAAACCCUGAGUCAAAAUACAUGUGCCUGCAGGGCUGUGCCACCCGGACAUGUCACGAUGGGGGUUAUUCUUUGGCUGGCCCAGCGUGGGGUCAGAAAGCGAGCAGCACAGCCUGAGUCCUCCCCGACAGACUGCCGGGAGCCGCUGGAGAAACCAGCCCGGCCCAUGGGAACCGGUGCUCUCGGGGCGGGGAGGGAGGGCUGUGCCGCUGCUAGGACACACGUAAACACAGCCCCGGCUGCAGUCAGCAAUGGAGUGAGUGAUGAAUAAGGCAUUGAUCCCACUUGAUCUCCUCGAAAUUAUUUUCCCGUAAUAGCUUCUCAUACGAGAGGUGCCCAACUGCAGUAGGAAGGGUCCCGUCAGCGGCACCAGGCAGCCGUUGCUGAAGGAGCCGCUCCUGUCCUCGGUGGGCAGGUUGGUGCUGGGCAAAGAUCAGAGCCCCUUUGCGGGGGGGUUCAGGCGGAGACCAUAAGUUUCUCUUGCCCUGUUCUGCCGCCCUGCUUGUGCCACGCUAUUGAGAGCUGCUUCCUGGCAGCUUGCGGUUUGAAAGUGUGCUCCUGCCCUGCUGAGGCUGUGGAAAGCAGCACACUUGCUUUUCCCGUGAAUGCCCUUCCAGCCCCAGGCGAGCGCUUUUCUUUUGCUGUUGCUUCUGGACCCUACCACGACAGGUAAGACGAGUUUUUUUUUGGGGCCCGUACCCAGCACGAACAGAGGUAAGGAAGAUUAAAACCACUGCAAUAAACCCAUAGAUCCAGGAGAGUUUGGGAUUUAGAAGCCUUUGCUCAUUUGGCUGCUGAGCAUCAGGAGCAGCACGCUUUUCCUGGGCAGCAGAGAGCUGGAGAUGAUUGCAUUCGUUGUCUCAAACGAGAGCAGAGGCCCCUGGGCAACCUCAGAGCUCAGAGGUUGGGGCUUUGAAGAACAGCGGUGCAGCGAGACCGGGGAUGCGGUAGGGCUGUAAAGGGGCUGUGCUCCAGCCCGAGGCUGGUAGGAGGGAGUGGCGGAGCUCUCCCUCCCCGGGUCACUGUGUUUGGGCAUGUUUAGCCAUGCACAAAGACUCUACCAGCAGGAUUUUACAGGCGAGUGCCAAGCCAUUAUUCGUGGGUUAAUACACAAAGAUAGCUUGGAUUUAAUGUGCUGAUAGCUCAGACAUCGCUGCCCCUCGCCCAGCCGGGAAACAUUGCCUCCCCAUCGUGGCCCUGCCACAUGGCUUGGGCUGCCAGUUUCGGCUGCUCGCCUGCCCAGGAACAAGAAGUGACCUGUGCAGGGGAGGACCAGAUCCUGCCCAGUGCUGUGGGCAUGUGGCUAUGCCCCAGCAUGCAGCUGUCUGGCUCUUUUGAGGGAAUGCCAGGGGCCUUUCUCUGAAUAGCUGAGCUCGGGCAAGUUGUGGCGAGCGCCUGGCUCCUGGAUGGGCUCUGCGUAGCCCCUCGGGUCUUUUUGGCUCCCACAAGGGCACUGCAGUGCUACCGGGGGAUCCCAGCUCAGCUCCUGGGGGCCCGGGGCCUGGCUCCUGGUGGCAGGGAGUCGGGGACCUGCUGGGAGCAGGAGGGCAGGGUGGGAAGAGGAGUAUGUCUCCUGGACUUCCCAUCUUGGCCGCCCUUUCGGAGCCGCUUAUCUCCAGCGUCCGGUGCCUGCAGGAGCCCUGGGAAUUUUGUAAUGCUGGCUCGGCUUGCUCCCAAACGCCGCCAGUUGAGGGCACGUGGGGCCAGUCCUUCCUCAUGCUGACCUCUUGUGUCACAGUGGGGCUGGGCUGGGCAUGACCCAGAUAAUGGCAUCCUAACGGUUCCCUGCAGGAACGGUCCCAGGGCCCCGUCGGCUCCUCCAGGCUCUGCGGCAUGGCCGGGGCUCUGCGGCUGGGGGGCACCACAGCUGCCCCCGCCUGCCGGCAAGCUGCCUGUACUUGUGCCCGUCAUGUUGUCUGGUGUCGGGCUCCUUUCUGACAACCCUGGGCAGGUCUCGUGCAGGCGCAGGUGGAAGGGAUGAUGCUGUGGUGCUGACCACUUUCCCACACAGAGAAGAUGUUGCCCAUUGUUGGAUUUUUGUUUUUUUUUUCAUAUUCUUCAGUCCACGAACUUCCUCCGUUUCAAACAGAUUCACAGCUUGGAGCUGCCCCAGGGGCUGCCUCUCCAUGACUGCCCACUUGCUUUCAAAACCACACUACGAGCAAGAGCUGCACUGGUUAAGCUCAAAGCAAGGCAAGAGCUGUGCCAGCUCCUUUGUGGAGUAGAAGCACAUGAUUUCCUGGAGAACUCAAGGCUACCGUAACUAAUUGAACUCCCUUGCUGUAUUCUCUGGAAGCACACUAAUGCUGCUCUGGCCAGUCUGCACUCCAGCUGUGCAAAUGCCAGCCCACGAACCGUGGACUCCCGAUGAACUUCUGCACUCGCACCAUCUGAGCAGGCUCAGGCAGCUGGGGUGCAGGCGGACUCUUGCCGUUUGCCCUCCGCAGUGUGUGGCUGAAAGGCUCUGUUGUGCACCGAGUAGCUGUGCCAGCUGCUCCUGAAUGAGGGAAGGUAGGAUGUUCCUGUGCAGACCCCACCUUCAAAGGGUGCUCGGAUCUGGGGCUAACUCCUUGGCUGCAGGGGGUUUAACCCAUGGGUGUGUGUAGCAGGUGGGUGAGUUCCCCACCCCAGAGGGGAUGAUGUCCCAGUGUAUCACUGGUGGAGGGUUUUACAGCGAGCUGGGCAAUACGUGGCUGCCCUCUGUUACAGAAACCUUUUCCUCCUAGGGAGGGACUGCAUGCCAGGCUGGGGUUUGGUGGCCAUGGCUUUGCUUGCAAAAGGCACUGAAUGAAGGAAGCUGAGCUGAGCACAUCCCUUGUGCUGAGUAGAGGGACUGGGCAGUCCCAUGGUGUGACCUGUGUAGAGAGGCAGGGGUGCCGGACACUUGCCCAGGCAUUGCCUAAGAACCGGCGCCUUCUCCAGGGGACAGGGACGGGACAAGAUGCUCCAGAAGGGCACGUGCCCUUGGUGAGCAGACUUGUGAGAUGCCCUGCCUGCCUUGUCUGCUUCCCAGUCUGGGAGACGGCCAAGGCAAGCCACAGAGAAAUGUGGGAGUGAGACCUUGUGGGGAUAGCCAAGCGCCAUAUCCAACAGCCACGGCAGGGUGUUGAGAGAGACGGGUAAAAUCAUUCCCUGCCUGGAUGCCGUGGGGGACUAGGGUCAGGGAGCAGUAGCUCUUUUGAGCCUGGGCCACCUCGUCGCCGGUAAACCACUCCUGGCAGACGUGGGCUGCGAGCGCAGCCAGCCACAGGGUGUGCGCAGUGCCGGCUGCUCGCUCCUGGGGCAAGGGGCUGGAGGCUGUCAUGCAGGGAGUGGGCAAAGCGGUGGGCAAAGCUGUCGGUAACUCACCAUGUUCAUCCAGCUCUGACGCGGUCUUCCGCCUGCAGAAACCUGGCAAAGAUCCUCCAGUCUGGGACGCAGGGAGGCUGUGGGUGCCCUGAUGCCCCAGGAGCCCGGGCCGGCGAUGCUCCCGCCACCCCUGUGCCUGAGCUGCUCUGCCCACGUCGUACUAACACUGGGGCAGGACCGCCCAAGCACUCCUUAAAACCCACAACAGGAGUUGUGAAACAGGAAUUGUGAUUCGUAUUGUAAUAUAACACCGGUCUAUCAGCAGCACCAUCACCUGCAAUAAUCUCCUGAGCAUCUGCCACUGGAGGGUGACUCACCUGCAGAGCUGCUGUCACAAAAUAGCUUAUCAAGAGCCAACUGACUGAUGGAGCAGGAUUUUUCCUGCUCCUCUCUUGAUGAUAAGAGGAGCCACAGCCAUCCCGCUCUUUGUCCGUCUCUUCCGCGUUGCACUGAGUUGUUUUUAAACAGAGGUUUUAGUAGGUGGAGGAGGAAAGGAGAAGAGUUUACGCAUGAGGAUACCAGGCCAUUAUAUGCUCCUGUCUCUCGGGUCACUUGGUCUGUGUGUCCCUGCGCAGUCCCAGGUCACGGCAGGCAGGUGCGCCCGGCAGGGCCAGAGCGAAGUUAAAAGGAAAGCGAGCGGAUGCCCAUGGCAGGUUACCUCCGGUUACCAGGAAUAACCACUCUGGGACGCAGAAUGGCUUGCUUUAGCCUGCUGCUGGCAGCACUGCCAGGCAGGAUGGGCAUUUAGGUUUUGGCGUGUGGGAGCCGCUUGCUCCAGCUAGGCGAAGGCUGGUGUGGGGAGCCGGCUGGGGUCAGGGAGUCUGCGGGCUGCGGUCGGCCCCGCUGGCAGCUGGCUGGAAAGCCUGGCCUUGUGCAGACUCAUGCUGGAAGUGGUGGGUGUGCAGGAUUUGCCAAGCAGCUAAUUACCCUCUCCUCCUUUUGUAAUCAAGCUUUCCCAACGGUCAGGGAGAGCUGCUGCUGCCGGGUGUGUGCACCGUGCCAGCGGGGAGACAGCAGAGUGUCCUGGACCUGCAGCUCCUUGGCCGGGGAGCCGUACCAUCGCUGUGACAGCUCGCCCCUGCUGCAGCAGGGACCCUGCCUGCACUGGGGAGGGCCUGACCAGGGAUCCUGGCAUCUGCAUGUGGCUCUGCAGCCACGGGAGAUGGUUUCCCCCUCUUUCCGCAAGCAGGCGGUGAUUGCCACCGAACCCUGGGGCUCGGGGCUUUGAGAAGGUGAUCGAAUACAGCCUUGAACCGGCGGGAGAGGAGCGGUGCCCGGCCUUGCUGCAGGACGGGCGGUGAGGCGGCUGUGUCACCAGGAGAGGAGGGGACGGGCAGGACGUGCCAGGCGCAGCGCUCACUGCUGCUGCAGCAGCUCCCAGCUGGGGCUAGCCGUGAGCAGCUCCUGCGGCACGGCGCUGGGCGAUGGACCCCCGGGCAGGGCAAGAACCCAUCAACGUGCUUGGGGUUGUCAUAGGUGUCGGGCUGGCCUUGCUGAUCCUGGUGCUUUUUGGCUACACCUUCAUCCGGUGGUACCAGAGGGGCCAGUGCUGGCGCCGGCCCGACUUUGUCUUCAACCUCUACCACACCUGUGGGCUGGGGUCAGUGGCGGUGGAGCUGGUGCCGCCGUUCAGCAUCAGCGGCUUGCUGAGCAGGACGGGGAGCAGCUAUGUGCCUUUCCAGGACCGGGGGCCAUGAGGCGGGAGCCAGGCUGGCGUGCAGAGCUUCUCCAGCUGCUCCCUGCAGGUGCAUUUCUCUUGCUGGCCCACCCCUGCCACAGGCAGCACAGGUAGGUGCCUGAGGUCGGCUGCCAUCCCCAGGCUGGUGCACUGGCCCAGCCUCCCCUUGCUUGAGAUGGAGGAGGAGGGAGCUGCCUUAUCCCACGCUUCCUCAGCACACAUCCUGGAGAGAAAAGACACCUUCCCCACGGACCCCCACAGCUCAGAGAGACCCCAGUCCUCAGGACCAGCCAGCUGCGUGCCCGGGCUGUUGGUGAACAGGGCAGUGGGAGUGCAGGAAACCAGCUAAAAAGGACAGCAAUGAGCCACAGAACUGGACAGCUGGUUUUGUGCAACAGGGGAAAAUGCCAUAGGGAAAUGAGACUGCUUCAGACUUCCCUCCUCGGUUGAAUAUCUAGACCAAUGUGGAAAUUUGUCCUCCGCACUGAUGGUGCAAGCAAACACCUCAGAAAGCCCCCGUGGGCUUUCUCAUGCCAGCCGCCUUCAGCCUCGGCAGAGCAAGCAGCCGUGGAAGCGCCUGGAGCCCAAGAGCAGCCCUGGCAAAGCUGCUGCGGCCCUCAGAGAGGGGCCCCUGCCCGGCAGAGGAAGUUGGAAAAAAAGAAAGCAAAAAGCCCCAACCCCCAAAAUACCCAGAGGCAGAAGAGAUGGUGGAAAUGGAAAGGCAGGAGGAUGCACACAGCUGGCAUUGGCAGCACCGGUGCAGCGGGGUGCCUGCUGCAGCUGGGCCCUCCGCAUGAUGCAGGGAGCGUAUCUUAAGUGCAAGUAGUGCAACGUCAGACGUAACAGAAGGAAAUGUAGCAAUGCAUCAACAACCCUUCUCCUGACUGCAGUGAUUCAUGUUUUCACCUGGAAAAAAGUACUCCCCGAGCUGGGUUUCCACCAACAGUUUUAAUGGGACUAUCCCGCCAUGAAGGUUCUUGGAAACUAAGCGGUUUUUGGAAAAACUCUCCAGUGACCUGGUAGUAGUCAAAUGUAGCCCACGGUAAGUCGUUCCUGUUCUGACAGAAACUAUUCCCCCCACCCCCCGGUUUCGACUUGUUCUGCUCUGCCCUGGAAGUGCUCCUGUCCUUCCCUGGUGCGUGGUCCACCCACGGGAUGUGCCGCACGCACAGCACGUCCCUGUGAAAUCACCGCAAGCUGCCUGGGUCUUUUUCCCUGCUGCUCCUCUGGUGCACACUCCCACAACACAACACUCGCCUGGGACAACUACCCUGGUCCUCAGAUGAGUGUGAAGCUCUCAGUGGGCUGGCUUUGUUCUCCUGUUUUGCCAGUUGAGAGGUGGAAACACUCUUCCCUGUGUGAGGUAAAGGCACGUUGCCCUUUGCUGCAGGGCAGAGUCCAUGGCUGAAAACAGAAAGCGCAGCUUGACCUUAGAAGAGGAUGCACAGAUGAAUGGACCAAAUAAAUAACACCACAUCCUUUCUGUAUUUACAAAUUAAAUAGAAUAAAUAACGUCUGUACGCAAUA